CUGCUCUCCUGUCUCCUUGCAGCUCUUAUCCUUCUCUUCUACCUCGUCUUCUACUGCUUCCUGACUGGCCUCUUCACUCUCACUAUGUGGGUGAUGCUGCAGACCCUGGAUGACUACAAACCCACCUACCAGGACCGCCUAGCCACCCCAGGGAUGAUGAUUAGACCCAGAUCUAAAACACUGGAGAUUACCUACAGUAUGUCCAACACAGAGACAUGGGACGGCUAUGUCAAUACGCUGAACGAAUUCCUGUUACCCUACAAUGACAGUCUCCAGGCAGCCAACAAUGAAUUUUGCACCCCCGGGAAGUACUUCACUCAGGACGAUAGCAGCGAUGUGCGCAACAACCCGAAACGCUCCUGCCAGUUUAACCGCACUGUGCUGGAAGAUUGCUCCGGGCUGGAGGAUCAAUACUACGGCUAUAGGAAUGGACAACCCUGUGUGCUGAUCAAGCUGAACCGCGUUAUUGGGAUGAAGCCAGGAGAUGGAGAAGCUCCAUUUGUCACCUGCACAGGAAAGAAAUACAAAGUGGGCAAGGACACCUGGAAAGAAGACUCUGAUAAGAUUGGACCGAUUGCCUAUUUUCCUCCAAAUGGCACCUUCAAUCUGAUGUACUACCCUUACUAUGGCAAACAUGCCCAGGUGAACUAUUCCCAACCACUAGUUGCUGUGAAGUUUCUCAACUUGACCAUGAACACCGACAUUAAUAUUGAAUGCAGGAUCAUGGCAAGAAACAUCAAAGUCAACAACGAGCGAGACAAAUUUGCCGGCCGCGUCUCCUUCCUAUUGAGAAUUGACAGUAUAUAAAAACACCACCCUGGCCCUCAUCUUAUCAAAAUACACCCCCUCCCCUUUCCUUCCUCCCCAAAACACCCUGGCCCUCACCCCCUCCCCUUUCAUAACACCCCCACACCCCCCGUAACAGGUGCCCCUCAACGAUAGAUAGAUCGAUAUCAUUUUGGACUGGACUUGCUGUUGAUUUGGCAAGCGAGAUAUCUGGGAGACAAUAAGACGAAGCGAUUGUGCAGUGGAAUUGUGGGUAAGGGGUACGGGGGUGGGGCUGUUCUGAAGAGGGGUGUCUCUUGUUGUUUGUUUGGGGGGGGGAGAGGGUUGUUAGAAUGUGUUUUCGACCCCCCCCCCCCCCAAUGUCUCCUACAUCCCCCACACCAACCAGAAAACCUGUUAGAAUCCAGAAUUAGGGAUGGUGGCCACCCUAGGACACACUUCUUUGUAAACCAAGGGAAUGCUCACAGAAAAACUCUUUCUUCUCUUUUUUUCACCUUAUAAAAAAGUUUCCCACAGUAAAAGCCCAGCAAAGUGUAAUCAAGCACAGUGCAAGCAUGGUAAAGCAUAGCCAAGCAUUGUAAAGACCAGAGAGGGGCAGAUGGUUCUCCUCCCAUUGACUGAUGAGUUAAUAAUGCUGACAUCAGUACCUGCCUCUCCCCUACAGAGCUUGCUCUUCAGCUGAAUGGUAAGGCGUCUUGGAUCUGUAUGGUUUGUCCUUCGCGUCCAGCCCUUGACUUUCCAUUCAACUCAAUGGGCUGAGAUGACAAUUCAGUAUAUACAGGUAGAGCAAAACAGAUGACACGGCAAACCAUAGCAAACUAUGCAUAGCAACCAAUUACCGUGGUGAGCUUUUAUAAGGGUCUCUUUCUUUCUUUCUCUUCUCUCUUUCUCAUUCUUUCUCUCUUCUCUUUCUCCUCUCUUUCUCUCCUUUCUUCUCUCUUCUCAUUCUUACUCUUCUUUUUCUCUCCUUUUCUCUUAUUUCUUUCCUUUCUCUCUUCUCUUUUUCUCUCUUUUCUUUCUUCUCUCUCCUCUCUCAUCUCUUUCUUCUCCUUUCUUCUCUUCCUACUAUUUCUCUCAUUCUUUCUUCUCUCUUCUCUUCCUCUCUUCUAUUUCUCUCAUUCUUUCUCUCUUCUCUUUCUCCUCUCUUUCUCUCCUUUCUUCUCUCUUCUCAUUCUUUCUCUUCUUUUUCUCUCCUUUUCUCUUUUUCUUUCUUCUCUCACCUUCUUUCUCUCUUCUCUUUCUCUUCUUUCUUUCUUCCUCUUCUAUUUCUCACUCUUUCCUCUUAUUUCUUUCCUUUCUCUCAUCUCUUUCUUCUCUCCUUUCUUCUCUUCCUCCUAUUUCUCUCAUUCUUCUCUCUUCUCUUCUCUCUUCUCUUCCUCUCUUCUAUUUCUGUCUCUCUUCUCUUCCUCCUCUCUUUCUCUCCUUCUCUCUUUCAUUCUUUCCUCCACUUUCUCUUUUCUGCCUCGAGUCCUGCUGCCAACACACUUCACAAACCACCUCCUCACAGAACAUACAAAAAUAUAUAUAUGUAUAUAUCAAGAAUCAAAUCAAUAGGGGGGAGGAGAGAGGGAAAAUGUAGUCCAGGCCUUUUAAAGCUGGUUUAAAAAACAUUCAAUUCCCAAACAAAAAUAAUAACGUCAAUCUGAGAGUUAGCCAAGGACAGCUUGUGGUCUGUGGUGGAUUCCUGUUGCGUUGUAGUUUGAAACCCUGCAUUAACACUGCGAUCUAUGAGCAGAAACCCUGCAUUAACACUGCGAUCUAUGAGCAGAGAUCAACCUGGAGAUGAGCUGUGAGGUAACACAACUUAAAGAAGGAAAAAUGUCAAUUUAAAAAAACAAAGAGAAAUUUUAAUAGACCUGACCUGGGACUAUGAACACGCGUUCUCGGUGGCUUCUUUCACUCUUCUUUCAUCACUCCCUCCUUCCUUAUUGGUCACAUCACGACCCUUGUCUUCAACUGAUAAAAGAACCGAUACAGACCUCUCUCUCUCCUGCUUCCUCUUAAUACUCAAUCCUUCUUUUUACAACAGGCUGUAUCCUAUACCCUGCUAUGAAAUGAACUCCCCCUCUCUCUCUCUUCUCCCCCCUUUCCCUUCUCGCCCCCACUCCAUCUCUCUCCCUUUCUUCCACUCCCCUUCGCUCCCCCCCCCCCAGCACCUUGCAAAUACUGUCUUAGCUUCUGGCUUUGAUAUUUUGUUUCCUCUCAUUUUGGUUAUGAAACAAUAAUGGAAACGAAAUCUAAAUGUGUUUGUCUGGAGGAGAAUGUGCACAGAUGUAGUUUAAACGUUUUAUCAUAAAAGAAUGUGUGUGUGUGUGUGUGUGUGUAUAUAUGCAGGGAUGGAAAUAAGACUCCCGUUGCACAGCAGUUUGAUCCAUUCCUUGUUUCACUAGGAGUUUAAUAAGACUCACCUGAGCUUGUGACCUAUACAUAUAUAUGAGUGAAUGAGUGAAAAUGCUUUGCAAUAAGAGUCUUAUUUCCAUCCCAUAUAUAUAUAUAUAUAUAUAUAUAUAUAUAUAUAUAUAUAUAUAUAUAUAUAUAUAUAUAUAUAUAUAUUGUGGAAGAAUAGGGGGAGGAGAGAGGAAAAAUGUAGUCCAGGGGUGUGAUAGAGGACUACAUCACCCAGAAUGCAUUGAUGUUUCCAAUCCUGGUUCUAAUUACAAACCCAAGGCAUUCUGGGUGAUGUAGUCCUCUAUCACACCCCUGGACUACAUAUAUGUGUGUGUGUGUGUGUGUGUGUGUGCAUGUCUAUCCCAGCUGGAUUAGUAAAGGCUAUGUGAGAAGGUAUUCAUUACAAAGCCCUGCUUCUUACUCCUUUAUGAACCCUUGCAUGGCUUAUUUGUAAAUCUUUGAUAGAUGUAAUCAGACUCAAGUUGUUGCUGACAAUGAAUUUGUAAAAUGCUGAAAUGCAUCUUUCCCACCCUUCAGUUAGGCUGCCCAGGCCAAUUCAGACAUCAAGGUAGCUUGUUUAACUUGACAAGGGGAUAUAAUGGGGCACAAUCAAAAAUAAAAAUCUUUCCCUUUAAGUGUGUUAUUCAUUCCCGCUUCACUUUCCUAGUGGAGUGGAGUUCUCUUUCCUAUACUGCUAGAGCGCUCUGCAGUGUGGAGAGUGGAGUUCUCUUUCCUAUACUGCUAGAGCGCUCUGCAGUGUGGAGAGUGGAGUUCUCUUUCCUAUACUGCUAGAGCGCUCUGCAGUGUGGAGAGUGGAGUUCUCUUUCCUAUACUGCUAGAGCGCUCUGCAGUGUGGAGAGUGGAGUUGUCUUUCCUAUACUGCUAGAGCGCUCUGCAGUGUGGAGAGUGGAGUUCUCUUUCCUAUACUGCUAGAGCGCUCUGCAGCGUGGAGAGUGGAGUUCUCUUUCCUAUACUGCUAGAGCGCUCUGCAGUGUGGAGAGUGGAGUUCUCUUUCCUAUACUGCUAGAGCGCUCUGCAGUGUGGAGAGUGGAGUUCUCUUUCCUAUACUGCUAGAGCGCUCUGCAGUGUGGAGAGUGGAGUUCUCUUUCCUAUACUGCUAGAGCGCUCUGCAGUGUGGAGAGUGGAGUUCUCUUUCCUAUACUGCUAGAGCGCUCUGCAGUGUGGAGAGUGGAGUUCUCUUUCCUAUACUGCUAGAGCGCUCUGCAGUGUGGAGAGUGGAGUUCUCUUUCCUAUACUGCUAGAGCGCUCUGCAGUGUGGAGAGUGGAGUUCUCUUUCCUAUACUGCUAGAGCGCUCUGCAGUGUGGAGAGUGGAGUUCUCUUUCCUAUACUGCUAGAGCGCUCUGCAGUGUGGAGAGUGGAGUUCUCUUUCCUAUACUGCUAGAGCGCUCUGCAGUGUGGAGAGUGGAGUUCUCUUUCCUAUACUGCUAGAGCGCUCUGCAGUGUGGAGAGUGGAGUUCUCUUUCCUAUACUGCUAGAGCGCUCUGCAGUGUGGAGAGUGGAGUUCUCUUUCCUAUACUGCUAGAGCGCUCUGCAGUGUGGAGAGUGGAGUUCUCUUUCCUAUACUGCUAGAGCGCUCUGCAGUGUGGAGAGUGGAGUUCUCUUUCCUAUACUGCUAGAGCGCUCUGCAGUGUGGAGAGUGGAGUUCUCUUUCCUAUACUGCUAGAGCGCUCUGCAGUGUGGAGAGUGGAGUUCUCUUUCCUAUACUGCUAGAGCGCUCUGCAGUGUGGAGAGUGGAGUUCUCUUUCCUAUACUGCUAGAGCGCUCUGCAGCGUGGAGAGUGGAGUUCUCUUUCCUAUACUACUGCUUCUGUUUCAAAGUACUGGUAUAUAUAUAUAUAUAUAUAUAUAUAUAUAUAUAUAUAUAUAUAUAUAUAUAUAUAUAUAUAUAUAUAUAUAUAUAUAUAUAUAUACUGAGCAUCAAAAGAAACAUAUCACUUAUAUUUGGAUCAAAUUCACUAGAAGUGAUCGAAAAAUGACAAACUCUGUUUUCGAGCUGAUACAGUGACUUUUUAUUGUGCUGAUUAACAACCGACAUCACGAAGACGCUGCAGAAUGAUCUGUGGAUCUGGGGCAGGGGUUGUGACUCUUGGUCUCCCGGUUCGUGGGCUGUCAUUGACAGAGUGCGUCUGUGUUAUAAUAGUGAUACGUUUCUUUUGAUGCUCGGUAUAUAUAUAUAUAUAUGGGAAUCUUUAAAACAAAGGAACAGUUAUGUGCAAUUUUAGCAGAGUUAAGCAAUACAAUCUCAUGCUCCUGCACCUUCAUAAGAUUCAUUUUUGUCAAGCAUUGCAAAUCUGAAAAGGAAUCUUAAAACUGCUUUAGUGCACAUAACUGGCUCUUGGUCUGAAGAUUAUAUAUAUAUAUAUAUAUAUAUAUAUAUAUAUAUAUACAGUAUAGUAAUAAUGUAAGAUGUUUUUUAUUUUUAAAAUGGAGCUGAUGAAGAACACCAAUGUUUUGCUACUGUAAUCCCAAUCUCUGCAGAAUGAAUGGACUCCACCUCUAUGCUUUUAAUUCUUUUUUCUUUUCUAUAUAUAUAUAUAUAUAUAAAGAUAUAGAAUAAUACUUAAUGCCUGUUAUUAUAUGAAAACUGUGGAACCUAAAUGAGAAAUAAAAACAAAUAAACACAAGA